AUGCCAUUGGACAACCAGAAAUUGCUGGACGUGAGGUCUGUGGACGCUCCUGCCAACUCUCUGCCUGCGGACGGCCAUGGCCAUGUGCGUGAUCUUGAAACCUACAAGGCCAUGUGGAAGGAGUCUGUGGAGAACCCCGACAAGUUUUUUGGCGAGCAGGCCCGCAAUCUGCUCGUGUGGAACCGCGAUUUCGACCAGGUCCUGCACAAAUCAGCCAAUUUCGUCGACUCUCCGGCCUGGUUCCUCAACGGCCAGCUGAACGCCGCUGUCAAUUGCGUCGACCGUCAUGCGCUCGCUGACCCCAACCGCAUCGCUAUCAUCUACGAGGCCGACGAGCCUGGCGAGGGCUACACCCUUACCUAUGGUGAGCUUUUGAAAAAGGUCUGCCAGCUCGCUCAGCUGUUGAUCAGCCGGGGCGUCAAGAAGGGCGACGUGGUCACCAUCUACCUGCCCAUGGUGCCCGAGGCGGUGAUCUCUAUGCUGGCAGUGGCGCGCAUUGGAGCAAUUCACUCGUGCGUGUUUGCUGGGUUUUCUCCUGGUGCUUUGCGCGAUCGCAUUCUCGACGCAGACUCCAGAGUCGUCAUCACUAUCGACCAGGGCCUGCGCGCAGGCAAGGUCAUUGAGGCGAAAAAGAUCGUGGACGACGCCCUCGAGAGUUGCCCUGACGUUCAGACUGUAGUUGUCGUCGAGCGCACUGGCAAGGGUGGGUUGAUCCCGGGCCGCGAUAUCAAGUACGGCGAGGCCGGAAAAUUCAAGCCCUACUGCCCGGCCGUCCCAGUCGAUUCAGAGCACCCCUUGUUCUUGCUCUACACUUCCGGCUCUACUGGCAAACCCAAGGGCAUGCAGCACUCUACUGCUGGUUACUUGCUUGGUGCUGCUUUGACUGCCAAACACGUCUUUGGCCUAACUCCAGGCGACAUCAUGUUCACUGCGGGCGAUGUCGGUUGGAUCACCGGUCACACCUACGCCGUUUACGGCCCCCUAAUUAAUGGUGUUACAACAGUCAUUUUCGAAUCUACACCAGUAUAUCCUACUCACACCCGCUACUGGGAUAUCGUGGACAAGCAUCAGGUCACACAGUUCUACGUUGCGCCCACCGCCCUUCGUUUGCUCCGCAAGUACGGACACGAGGAAAUCGAAAAGUACUCUUUGAAAUCUUUGCGUACUCUUGGUUCGGUCGGUGAACCCAUCGCUGAGGAGGUCUGGGAAUGGUAUUUCCAUAACGUCGGCCGCGGCCGUUGCACCAUUUGCGACACUUACUGGCUCACCGAGUCGGGCAGCAUCCUGGGUACCUCUUUCCCUGGUGUCACCCCGAUGAAGCCUGGCUCCUGUGGCUACCCAUUCUUUGGCAUCAAGCCGGUUUUGAUCAACCCUACCACUGGUGUGGAGGUCGACGAGCGGCCGGCUGAGGGUGUUCUGGCCAUCGCCAACCCAUGGCCGUCCAUGGCGCGCACUAUUUGGGGCGAUUAUCCUCGUUACCAAGACACUUACCUGCGUCCGUUCCCUGGUCACUUCUUCACUGGUGAUGGUGCUGCUAUGGAUCACGAGAAUUUCAUUUUCGUCGCUGGUCGUAUGGAUGAUGUCGUUAAUGUUUCUGGUCACCGUCUGUCCACUGCCGAAAUUGAGGCUUCUUUCCUUGAAGGCAAGCUUGACAAUGAGCCUAUGAUUGUUGAGAGUGCUGUUGUGGGAAUUGAGGAUGAGCUCACUGGCCAGGCCAUUGUUGCCUUUGUUGUUCUCGAAGGCUGGCUCAAGGAUAAGAUCGCUGCUGGCGAGCACACCGUCUCUGACAUGUCUCGCGAAGCCAUUCAGGUCGUUCGUAAGGAUAUUGGUCCUUUUGCAGCUCCCAAAAAGGUUUUUGUUGUCGGUGACCUCCCUAAAACUCGUUCAGGCAAGAUCAUGCGUCGUAUUCUGCGCAAGAUCGUUUCCGGCGAGACUGAUCAACUUGGCGAGCUUUCGACUUUGAGCAAUCCUCAAAUUAUCGAUGAUCUGAUCUCUACUGUGCAGAACUCUGCAUAA